AUCGAAUCCCUUGAUUGUAUCAAUUAUUGUAAUCUUUUGUAAUUUCUGUCAUGAACUCAACUACCCAAAUAAAGAAUCCUAAUAAAGAAAUUUCUGUUAAUUGUAGAAUGAGUCAAGAAACCGCACACGGACAAGGCAACAAUGAACACGUAAGUGUUCCCACUGAAGCAUCUAGCUUCACCCCUCCUAUCCAAAACGAGCCUAUCAACCAAGAGGAUGUUCCUCAGAACAAUGCGAAUGCUGGUGGUCAACCUGACUACGCAAUUCCUGUUUUCUUGGCAAACUUGCUUCAACAAGUGGCCAAUGCUCCAAUGUUCCAACCACCACCACUGCCGCCACCGCGUGUGAUCACUUUCAAAUUUCUGAAAGAUAAUGGAGCAGAAGAGUUUCUGGGCAAUCAAAUCGCCAAACCUCAAGUUGCUUGGAAUUGGAUUGAACAAACCGCUAGAGUGUUGAGAGAUCUAAACGUAUCUCUCAACGACUACCGUAGGUUCGCAGCACAGUUACUUCGUGGAGAAGCCUACGAAUGGUGGAAACGCACCGAUGAGAGCAACGAAACCCCGAAACCAUGGACGUGGGAGUUCUUCGACUGGGCUUUCAAGAAAGAGUAUAUCCCAGCACGUUUCCGUGAAGAGAAACGUACCGAAUUUGUGGAGUUACGACAAGGAGAUAUGACGCUUCCCGAAUAUCGCCAAAAGUUUGUCAGUCUGGCCAAAUUUUCACCGACAUUAGUAAGCACCACGACUGACCGUAUUGAGGAAUUCAGAAAGAAGGUGCUAACACAAGUCAACGCCGACCCACAAAUUCUGUCCCGAGUGGGAAAAGACCAUUUCAAGGACCCAGUAGCUCACACUACUCUAAGAAGGGGAAAUCUGUACAAACCCAAUCAGUGGCGUCUGGCAACAAGUCAAGGGGAUGGAAAAAUCCAAUGUGUAAUAUGUGUGGGAGACACCAUCCUGGGGAAUGUUGACUUGCUCAAGGAUUAUGUCUGGGUUGUGGAAAACCUGGACAUUUCCGAAAGAACUGUCCCACAAAUCCUGGAGAGCCAUUUCCACCUGCCUCUAUUGCCAGUCAGGCGGCAUCAACACGUCCCGCACCUAGUCAACGCUCGACUGCAGGAUCUAAUCCUGUUAAAAAUCAAAACCAACAACAAGGACGAGCGCCUGCCCGUACGUAUGCCAUGAAGGGACGCACUGAAGAUAACCCUGACGUCAUUCAUGGUAUGUUUUCAUUAUUCGAUACUGUCAUGCAUGUGCUGAUUGAUCCUGGAUCAACAUUAUCUUACAUCUGUGUACCUAUGCCUAACAAAGCUGACAUAUUGAG